CGAGUGGUAAAUUCGACAAGGAUCUCGUGAAAUUAUGUCGGAGUGGGGGUCCACAAGCUACGACUAGAACGUCCUUUCUCGAUCGGAAAUUCCUGGCCUGGAGCACCGUUUCUUUAGAAAACAAAUUGCAUUCUUUACUCGAAGCAAAUCACAAAUAACAGGUGAAGCACUCCACCCCAACACUGUCCCUCCGUCUCUUUUUUUCUCUCUUUUACGCAAAUAAGAACUGUAUUAUAUACUUGCAAAAAACCUCUCUGGCGGGUUUAUUGUCACCGACUUUUGUUGUAGUGGUCGGGUUGCAUAAGUCUAGCGACUCUGCAACUUCUGAUGGCUUCUCGCUGGGCAGAUCGCCCCAAUGAAACUAGAGUAAGUACAGAUCCGAAUGAAUCUAGCUCAUCUCCUGAGGAGAAUCGAAGUCAUGCAUCUGAGUCUGUGAAUUAUGAAGUUAUUGGGCCGAGGCAAUAUUCAUAUGAUCAACUAGCAAAGGCAACUCAUUAUUUCUCCAACAACUACCUCCUUGGCGAGGGUGGUUUUGGUCAAGUUUAUAAGGCAUUCUUAGAUGGUAAAAUCCGAGCUGUUAAGAAACUUAAAAUUCUUCCGAGCUCGAAAGAAAAUUUGGGUAAUGAGAUUAAGGUCGCUGGCAAAGUCAGUCACAAAAAUCUUGUUAAGCUGGGUGGAUACGGCAUUGACGGAGCCGAUAGAUUGCUUGUUUUCAAGUAUUUUCCUAGUAAGUCCUUGAGGUCUAAAUUACAUGGUGAGUCCUUUCUCUUGCCUUGGAUAUAUUCUUUUGUUUUUUUUUUUUUUUUUUUUUUUGUCAAAAGAUAAAAUAUUAAUUGCAGAAAAAAUGCCUUAGACAGAGGAUCCAACUAGAAUCUCAAACAUAUAACACCGUGCCUUAAUUAAAAAAAAACGGCCCAAGGGGUCGUUCCAACCCAGAUAACUAAAGGCCCGACGCCCAGAGACACCCAACCCAAUUUCUAGUUUGACCCGCACGAGCAUGCCCUGGAAACCAUGACAUUACCACCAUCUAGCAGAGAAGACCCAUCCAUGGCCAUUUUAGAGGAGAUGAAGACAACACGGUGAAGCUCAAAGGGAAGCCAUUUAAUCAAAAGUUUCCCAGCAAAAGCACCUCCAUAAAGGAACAGCCAAAAGGGUCCAAGCAACACAUGGUGGAACAAAUUUGAACCAAGAGGAUCAAUGGGCAGCAAGACUAAACCCAGAGGGAAGAAGAACCCAACGAGAGGGGAAAGAGAAAAGUUAUUACUUCUCAGAUAUAUAUAUAUAUAUAUAUAUAUAUAUAUAUAUAUAUAUAUAUAUAUAUAUAUAUAUAUA